AUGCUUGCAAAUUUGCCGUUUUGCUACUUUUGUUUUUCUUUGUGGAUCGAAUUUUAGUGAAAAUAAUACCGAAUUCAGAAGAAAGCUACGCUGAUUUGGAUUGUUUAUAAUAUCGGGAAGUGAGGUUGUUUGGUUCUAUAUAUGCUUUUCCCAUAAGAGAUUAAACUUGGUCUGCUUUAUUCCAAGUAGGAGGCAAAAUUGCAGCUCACCCAGGCAAAAACCCGAAUCUUAAGGACAUGUCUCCAAGUCAAGUACUAAGAAUAAGCCCAAUUCAACUCAAUUUCAGUCAGUACCAUACCCUGGUCUCCUUAAAUCAGGAAGAUCAAGAUCAACGACAGGCUGCAUUAGAGUACAUUCUUAAUGUUAUUGUUUACUCCUCUGUUAUCCUGGUGUUGCUGAUGGUUGCGGCGUUGUUAAUUAAAUUACUUGGAGUUUGUGAUGGCGAAAUUGCAAGAAAUGAUGAAACUGUGAGAAGAGAAACGGACAGAUUGAUAUCGAAAGCAAGUGCUUCUUUGACAUACGGAACAUGUGAUGAAGAUGAUUUGGAAUCGGGAAAUUGCAGUCGUUCUAGUUCCUCUGAGGAUUUGUAUGAUGAAAAUAUAUGCAUAGUUUGCUAUGAUAAUAAACGAAAUUGCUUCUUUAUUCCUUGUGGACAUUGCGCUACUUGUCUCUCAUGUGCCGAGAGGAUUACAGAGGAAGAAAACAAGAAUUGCCCAAUUUGUCGAAGAGUAAUUCGGAGAGUUAGAAGAGUGCUUCUUGCAUAAACUCAAUAUUUCCCUUAUGUAAAUUGACUCUUUCUAAUUCAACAAUGGUAAUAUUAGUAUAGCACUUUUUUCAUUUUUACUGCAAAUUGCUGAGUUGCAAUUUGACAAGAGUAGGUAAAAUUAUGAUGUACCAUAACAUGUUUGUGUAUGUGUACACUCAUUGGUACCUAUUACUUGGGUCCCUUUUGGAGAAAGCUUUAUGGAUGGUGUAGUAUAAUGGAAAAAAGUAAUGCCCACAACGGAACUAUGGGCACUGUACAUUAUUGAUAAUUUCAAUUCAGAAAUUUUAGCUUUUCAUUUUUAUAAAAUAUUUCGUAUAUCAUUAUCAUAUUAAA